AUGGGUGAGCGCGAUACUGCAGCCAGCCGAGAGGCGUCUGCGGGCGACGUCGUGCCAGGCGCGUCUGUCGACUGCCCUGGCGACGCGAGCGAGAAGAAGCCACUGUCCGGCGACCGCAUUCAGAUGCAAGAGGAGAUUCCUACCGACAAUGGCCUUGGCAGGUACGACACGAUAUGGCGUCGACUCUUGACGCCGCCCGACUGCCGAUGGAACAAGAUCUCACCGCCCGCCUUCACCACCGGCCUGUGUGUCUUGUACGCAUUGUCUGCCACCUUUACCGUUGCGAACUUGUACUACAACCAGCCAAUCCUGGACAAAAUCGCCGUCACAUUUGACGUCACCUAUGAGCAGUCCUCUCAAGUGCCUACUCUGCUUCAGGCUGGGUACGCUGCUGGCUUGAUCUUCAUUCUGCCCCUCGGUGACAUGGUCGAGCGACGGGCCUUCAUCCUUGCCCUCGUCCUGCUGACAGCCACAUUGUGGAUUUCCCUAUGCGUUACCACAUCCUUCACAACCUUCCGUAUCAUCUCCUUCAUCUGCGGUGCGACGACAGUGACCCCUCAGCUCAUGAUUCCUCUUGUUGGUGACUUUGCGCCUCCUGAACGAAAAGGCGCCAACCUGUCCAUCGUCACGUCCGGGCUGCUCCUGGGCAUGCUGGUCGCCCGGCUGCUCUCCGGCGUCGUGGCCAACUACACAGCAUGGAGGAACAUUUACUGGCUCGCCUGCGGAGCGCAGUACGUGCUCGGCCUGAUGCUCUACCUCUUCAUGCCAGACUACCCUGCCACCAACCCAGACACCCUCCACUACCUCAGGGCACUGUGGUCGAUCCCCAAGAUGAUGUUCACGGAACCCGUGCUCAUCCAGGCGUGCGCCAUGGCCUUCACCAUGAGCAGCUGCUUCACCUCGUUCUGGACGACGGUCACCUUCCUGCUCGUCUCGCCACCGUACGAGUACCCGUCUCUCGUGGUGGGCCUGUUCUCGCUGCUCAACAUUGUCGCAUUGGUGUCUGUCCCCCUGUACGGCCGCAUCAUUGAUCGCUUCGUCCCGCUGUUCUCCAUCCUCUUGGGCCAGAUGGUCAUGCUGGGCGGCAUCAUUUUUGGCACCUUCACCGGCACCUUUACCGUCGCAGGGCCCAUCCUGCAGGCCAUCGGCAUCGACGUCGGGGUCCAGAUCGCCCAAGUCGCCAAUCGCUCGUCCAUCUUCUCCAUCAACCCCAAGGCUAGGAACCGCGUCAACACGGCCUACAUGGCGUGCGCGUUUGCGGGCCAGCUGACGGGCACAGCCGUCGGCAAUCGCCUCUACGCUGCGGGGGGCUGGCGGUACAGCGGCGGCUGCAGCAGUAAGGUACCAAUGAUCCAGUGCUGA